AGAAAAAAAAAAUAGCAAAAGAGCAAUGAUGUCUGUCAUGUUCUCUGCAGUUGUGUAGUUUUGGUGGAGAACGCCCUAGGACGCAAGCCACAACGUGACUAUCUAAUAUCUAUAGAUGUAUAUGCAUCUAUCUAUCUCCUUCAAGGUUGUUAUCUUUUGGAUUCCCAAAAUCUUUGCAUUGGCCGCCACCAAUGUCCACCAAAGUCUUCCUUAUCUAUCUCCUAUCCUCUUUCUCUGCCGUCGCUCUUCUCUUUGCGCUGUUCCUCGCCGGAAUUUCCGACUUCAAACAUGAUGCGUCAUUGUCUCCUCCCUCUCUCAAUCAUGGAUCCGAAAACGACAAAGUUUGGCCUGAAUUGAAGGUGGGGUGGAGAAUUGCGUUGGCCACGGUCAUUGGGUUUCUUGGAUCAGCUUUUGGGACCGUUGGAGGGGUAGGUGGAGGAGGCAUUUUUGUUCCUAUGCUCACUCUUAUUGUGGGUUUUGAUACCAAGUCUGCUGCUGCUCUCUCUAAAUGUAUGAUAAUGGGGGCAUCAACAGCUUCUGUCUGGUAUAACCUGAGAGUGCCUCAUCCAACCAAAGAGGUGCCUAUAAUAGACUAUGAUCUGGGACUUAUUUUUCAGCCCAUGCUCAUGCUUGGUAUAACUGUUGGUGUAGCGCUCAGUGUUGUCUUCCCCUACUGGCUCAUCACUGUCCUUAUCAUUAUUCUCUUCAUUGGUACCUCUUCAAGGUCUUUCUUUAAGGGAACUCAGAUGUGGAGGGAAGAGACUCUUCUAAAGAAAGAAAUGGCCAGGCAAAAAGCAACUUUCGUUAAUUCUCACGGGGAACUACUAAUUGAUACAGAAUAUGAGCAGUUGAUUCCUAAAGAAGAGAAGUCAUCAAUGCAAAUUUUUUGUUUCAAUCUCAAGUGGAAAAGGAUUUUGGUACUAAUGGUCGUGUGGGUUUCUUUCCUACUACUUCAAGUCACCAAGAAUACUGUAGAGGUCUGUAGUGAAUGGUAUUGGGUGCUUUUCAGCUUACAGUUUCCUAUUGCACUUUUGGUAUUUGGCUAUGAAGCAGUGAAGUUAUACAGGGAUUACAAAGAGAGAAUGAGCACAGGAAACAUGGAAUACAUCUGUGAGGCAUCAAUUGAAUGGACUGUUCUGCACAUUUUAUUUUGUGCACUAUGUGGCAUUUUAGGAGGAACUGUGGGAGGCCUACUUGGUUCUGGUGGUGGAUUCAUUUUGGGCCCUCUGCUCAUCGAGAUUGGUGUCAUCCCCCAGGUUGCUAGUGCAACAGCAACAUUUGUGAUGAUGUUUUCAUCAUCUUUAUCUGUGGUGGAAUUCUACCUUCUCAAGAGGUUUCCCAUUCCUUAUGCGUUAUACCUCACUGCAGUGUCUGUUCUGGCUGGCUUUUGGGGACAGUAUUCUGUAAGGAAAUUGAUGGAAGUUCUCGAGAGAGCUUCAAUCAUUGUAUUCAUCCUCUCAGGGGUCAUUUUUGCUAGCGCUCUCACCAUGGGUGUGGUUGGUAUUGACAAGAGCAUUAAAAUGAUCCAAGACCAUGAGUUCAUGGGAUUUUUAGACUUCUGCAGCAGUCAGUGAUUCAUGUAGUGUACAGCAGGUGGCAAACGAAGACAACAUUGUGGAGUGUGUAAAAAAUGGUUGGAAAUUAAGGAUAGGACAAUAGGAGUCAUGAAUGUUGGUCAAUGCCUGGUUCACCGACAAGGAGAUCCUUCCUUUUCAAGUAUCAAAUAAUGGUAGCCUGCCCUCCCUUGUGUGAAACACUGUUUGUAGUUGAAUGUUAGCUACUGGCUAACACUCUUCUCAUUGCAGUGCAACAUUUGUUUGAUAUGUAUAUUUUUUAAGUUUCUGUUGAGCCUCCAUUCAGUUCUGGACUCAGUAUGAGAAAAGCUUGUAUAUUCUGGGUACGACAACAACUUUCAGGAAUGUUGGUCAAUGUUUGGUUGACCAUCGGAAGUUCCUUUCCUCUGUGUAAUAAAUAAGGCUUGAUGGUUCUUCCCUUUGGGAAAAUCAGUCUGUGGUUGAGUUGUUAUGCGACUGACUGAUGGCAAAACAUGAAGGAUUUUUUAUUUCUUUUGCAUCGGAUCUUCACAUGUCCACUGGAUUGUUUAAGGUUGAAAGGUUUGCUUCUGAA